ACCAAGCCAGUCCAGUCCAGUCGCGUCCAGUCAAGUCGGACGCUACUGGAUUGCAAAUAUUAAUUUAUCGUUGAAAUAAGGGCAAUGUAUAGAUCUGGUUUCAUACUAAGCGCGUCACGUCCAGUCCGAUCGCGUCAAGACUUGUCAAGACUGAUUGCGACUCAGCCGGUUGAAUUUUUAAUGCCAGUCUUGACAGUCGUGCACUUCAGAAUGGAUGUGGAAACCUUGAUUUCAUUAGUGCAAGCAAAAGAGGCAAUCUACGAUCCUAAACACCCGAAGCACAGAGAUCGUGAUUUCAUUGCUGCCGUGUGGAGAGGCAUAGCCAGAGAAUUAAACACAACUGACGCAGAGGUCAAGGCAAAAUGGCAAAAUUUACGAAGCAAUUACAUGCGAGAAAAACGAAAACUGAAAAGUGUCCCUUCUGGGGCCGCUACAAACAGUGUCCCGAAAAUAACAUGGCCGUAUUUUAAGUUCCUGUGGUUUUUGGAUCCUACAUUAAAACAUAAAGCAACGUCGGGAAACGUUCCGGAAUCCGUCACUGCCAAUACUGAUGACACUUCUGAGGGUCACAUUGAGUCGCAAGAUGAGCUUCAAGAAGAAAGCCAACAGUCGCCCCCAGACUCGCCACGAGCGCUUGAAGAAGACUUUCAUCAGCAGGCAUACGACGUCAUUCGUACAUCAAGUUGCGCUACUCCUGCUUUUGGCUCACUCACUCGAAGGAAACGACAAAUUCAGACAAAUGAAACGGAAAAUGCAAUGCAAGACGUUCAACGCGAGACACAGGGGGAUCGUCAGGAGACGUAUCCAGACAUUCGUUCGCCAAGUGGUUCCACACGUUCUGAUGACUUACUACUUCGGGGGAAAAGACAAAAGAAAAAAAUUGAUACCGAAAAUGAAAUUGAUAGGCAAUACCUUAAACACCUACAGGCAAUUUCGGAUAACGCGAAAGAUGACCAAGAUCCGGACUUAUUGUUUCUACGAAGUUUACUUCCAUCCAUGAAACAACUUGGACCUCUCGAAAAUUUAGAAUUUAAAGGCGAAGUCAUUAAUUUAUUACAGACAAAGAUACGUUCUCAAUCGAAUCCACCAUCAGAUAUCGAUCGGGGCUGUAUACGAACUAUGAAUAUUAACAGGUUGGUUCGGAAAACUUUUGGCUUAUUUAUGUUUCGCCGGACUUGCGGAGCCGGUGUCGAUCAAGGCAGUGAACGGUUGACCAUGAAUUUGAACCUGAAUAAACGGACGAGGGUCGGUACUUCGUAUCGCAGCAGCAGUGGGAGAAAUGUUAUUAGACCUACGGAAACUAUGGAUAAGGAGAUACAUCAAGUUGAAGUUUCGAGUUUUUACUGA